AUGCGCAAACGUGCAUUGGCAGAGGUGCAGCAGGAGGAGGACAGCCAUGAUGGGAUUAGUUCAGCUAGACAAGGGGCUGGCGAGAAGUUGCGCCAGCUGCUGUUAGACCGAUUCGUCAUGGGGUUGCUACCAGGGUCUGAUGUGGCGGAGUUUUGCCACUGGAUAACCAAAGCUGGCGGUGUUGGGGUGCAGGAUUUAGCCCUGAAGCCCGAGCUCGCAAAGCGACAUGGCUCUGAGCAUGUGACGCUCCACGCUGGCAAAGUGUUUCCUGACCGCGACCUCACGUACAUCGAUGUGCCACUGUAUCAGAAAAGGGAAGCCCGAAGAACUUCCGAGAAGAUUCCCAUUAUGCUCCCCUCAAAAUUGCUUGAGAAGUUUGUUUUCCAGGAUGAAGUUUACAAGAAGGACGAUGUCAAUCUUGCGAAGUACUUGCAAGGAUUGCCUUGCUAUGAGCAGCAUCCAGUUGUUCGAAGGGCUCGGGCCAACAGGGAAACAGAGAUUGUCCGACCGCUUGCCUUAUACUGGGAUGGGGUACUGAAGACAUGUGCAAAUGCGGGUGCCGGNNGGUGCUCAAUCUACCCCCUCUUGCAUGCGUGGGCUCUGGAUCUGCAGCAGUUGCAGGAGUCCAAUCGAUGUGCAGUGCUGGACAUAACUUGUGAUUGGCCGGCAUACUUGGAAAUUACCGGCUUGCGGUUCUGGAAUCAUUCUGACCAUCCCUGCUGCUUGUGCCGCCUAAAGCUUGAUGACCUCAAUGCGGACAAACUAACAGAGGCUACGCUUGACAAUCUACCCCACGAAUUGUAUUCGAUGACUGACUACUGGAAUGAUAUCGGCGAGUAUACAAAGGUCAUUCGGCUGGAGUCUGCUGGCUGUGUGAAAAGACUUGUCAGAAACCUGGAGUACAAUCGAAACUGCCGUGGGCGCGCUUUGACCCGUGAUCUUCAGGAGCUGGGGCUGCGGAAGGGAUCCCGGCUGGAGCCCAGCCCAUCUUUGCCUGACGUCAGCAUGCUUGAGAUGAUGCCACUUCCACUGGAG